AUGAGUCAGAUGGAAGCUAAGUUUAAGGCUCAACAAAGACACUUUGAGGUUUUUCUCGUUCAAAUGCAUGCAAUGGGUAUGCAUAUUGCCGAACCAGUUCGCAAAAACACAGAUCCAUUUCAAGUUGAAAAGGUACCUGAUGCAUCUAGUAAUCAUAAUAUAAACUCUCAUCGAUCAUCAAUGAGGAGUGAGUCAAGAAGUCUGGCAAUGCAAGAUACAGAGUUUCAAGGUCAUUCUAGAUCAUCUUCAUUUAGUCAGGUCAUUUUUAUUGGCUGGAAGGUGAGGUCAGUUCAGAUUACUGCUGUGAAAGCUGUUGCCGGCCUGUUUUACUGCUGUUAG